AUGCCCAAGCCUGGGACCUCGAAGAUUAUGUGGAUUUGCGGCGGCGCCGGUCAUGGCAAGACAACACUGACUGGUAGUAUUGUCGAACGUUUGGCUUCGGAGAUCGAAGCUCCUCCAGUUGUUCAUUUCUUCUGCACGGGCGAGGACGAAAGCAAACGAGAUCCCAAUUCAAUAGCCCGCUCAUGGGUUGGGCAGUUGGUCAACAAGCUCCGCAGCCAUGGGUUCGAUGAGUGUGGCCCUCCAGAACGGCCAUGGUUUCAAGUGAAGAAAGAAUUUCUUACGGAAUUCUGGAAGGUGGCAGCUGCAUCGUCAAUUAAGAUACUGAUCUCCAGCAGGAGUGAUGCCGACAUAUAUUCACACAUAAACUCAACUGCCCAUGGGACAAUUAGCUUUAGUGGAUACAACAUCAAGCCGAAUGACACAAGCGAGGAUAUCAAAGCCUACUCCACAAGUAUCGUUCUCAGCGGACUCAAAGUUAACAAGGAUCAAGCAUUUCUCAAUGAGAUCUCUGAAGACGCAGCUGAAAAAUGCAGCGUCCGGGCUACUGUGUCUAGGAUGCCUAAAGGACUAGAGCAAACAUAUAGAUGGGAAAUCCAGUUAAUCUUGAGUCUCGAGCCCGAGGAAAAGGAACGCGCGAUUGCCAUUCUACGCUGGACGAGACGCCCUCUGACUAUUCGUAAGCUGGCAGAGGCUCUGGCUACUGAAGACAAUCUAGACGGCUGCUACCCGUAUGAUGACAUACCUGAAGUGCUAGAUGAGUACUAUGUCAAUGACCAGAUCCGUAAGUACUGCCAGUCGCUGGUCUAUGUUCGAGGGGAAUCAUUGGAGACAUCCAUGGCAGCUCAAACUAUCCACUUCAUCCAUUCAUGGGUGAAGGAUUUCCUUAGGCAGGACCCAACGGGCUCCCUGAUUAAGGCAAUAUCGUUUCCUCGUGAAAUGACCGAACAUGGGACCCUGGCUAGACCGGGACGCCGGAAGAAGAUAAAUGUCUUUCCUUUCUUGAGAUAUGCUGCAUGGGAGUGGUCUUCUCACCUGGUCCGCAGCGGGAGCUGUCUUGCUGAUUUGGAAAUCCUGGUCCACAAGCUGUUCGAUCCUGCAUCAUUCCGCUGGGUGAUAUUCUGGGCUGUCGUCCAGGAGUGGACAGGGAGUGUCCUUUCCAUUAUCGCGGUAGAGCCACUUGACAUCCCGAGUCCCCUCUAUACCGCUUCGCACCUGGGCCUCUUUAGUACAGUAUUGUGGCUCCUAUCAUCCGGCGUCAAUAUCAACGAAUCCCAUACGGUGUAUGGAUCGGCAGCCGCUGCGCGCAGUUAUUGGGAUAUAGUGCACCUUCUGAUUGAAAAAGGUGCUGAUGUGAACUUGCUCGGUGGUGAACUCGGUUUUCCCAUCGUUAUAGCCGGAAACUUAUACUCGCCGGGCUCUUCGGAGCAUAUAACAAAAUUACUCCUCCAAGCCGGUGCCGAUGUUGCAUGCCACGAUCAAGACGGCAAAACUGCGCUGCACUACUUUGCUAUCAAUGGAUCAGAGGAGACAAUUUUUGCUCUACUUGAGAAUGGUGCAGACAUCGAAAGCCUAUAUCAAAGUGGAACAACCGCACUCUUCUUCGCUGCAGCCUGCGGACAUACAAAAGUUGUUGAACUACUGAUCGAGAAAGGAGCUAGCGUCGCAACCGCUAAUAUCAACGGUCAGACGCCACUACAUGUUACCACUGCGCGUGGAUACCAUACUAUCAUGGAGCUGCUUCUGCAGCACGAAGCCGAUGUAGAUGUUGUCGCAAAAACUGGAGUGACACCCCUUUGGCUGGCCGUCACCGGAGAUGAUAUUGAUGCGCUAACCCUUCUUCUCCGGCAUGGGGCGAUAUGA